AUGGAGUGCUCGUCGUCACCUAGCGCUCCACCACGGCCGGCGGCGGCGAACCUGUCCCUGUCGUUGGCACCACCGGCGACCGGCAGCAGCAACGCCGCCGGCGGCAAGAACGUGCGCCUGUACCCCUGCCUAUUCUGCGACAGGACGUUCCUCAAGUCGCAGGCGCUCGGCGGCCACCAGAACGCGCACAAGGAGGAGCGAAGCGCCAGCUGGAACCCCGACGUCUACGGCGACGGCGACGGCGGCGACGACGCCGACGCGGGGCGCUUUUGGUUCGUCGGGAGCGCCGGCGGCGGCGUUGCCACCAUGUCCAUUCCCACGCUGUCCCACGGUGGCCACGAUGAGAAUGAUGGCACAGGCGAAGACACAAGCUUUCGGGCGCAAAUGCGACGGCGCCGCCGCGCCGUGCUUUUUGCGCCGGUGAGCAUCCGGCGAAAGAUGAGCACGGGGGAUGAGGGCACCCCCGCUGGCUGCGAUGGCACGGUCGACAUGCUCAACUGGCUCAGGGCAUCCGUGGCGCCUGCCAGCCCGGGCAGUGGUGCGGCCGCCGCCAUGGCAGCCUCAGCUGGCGCCGGCGAGGAUCUCGACCUUGAGCUUAGACUCUAG